CCCACUCAAAACACACGCAUCAACCCAAACACUCUGCAUUCGCUCUUGCUCUUUAGCCUGUGCUAGACUACUGCGCAGGUUAAGCAGGGAGGGGUGCGCACGAUAAGAGAAAUGAUGAAUCGGAAGGCUGUUCUCUUCGUUGGUUUUGUCUGCAUUGUGAUAGCCGGUGUUGGUGGCCAGGCUCCGGCUACUUCUCCUAGCACGACGCCGGCUCCGCCGACGCAGACUAGUCCUCCCACCUCUACUCCACCGCCCACCACGACCCCACCUCCAGCCGUUACAUCUCCUCCCACGGCAACUCCUCCUCCCGUCAGUUCUCCGCCUCCGUCUUUACCUCCUCCAGCGACACCUCCACCGGUAAGCUCUCCCCCUCCUGCAUCGCCUCCUCCGGCGACUCCACCACCAGCAACUCCACCCCCCGCAACUCCUCCCCCAGCUAGUCCUCCCCCGGCCACUCCACCUCCAGCAACUCCUCCUCCCGCCAGUCCGCCUCCGGCAAGUCCUCCACCGUUUGUGCCCCCUCCAUCUCCAUUUGCAUCUCCACCUGCGAUGGUUCCAACUACGGCUCCUGCUCCCUCGCCAAGCAAGAAGGUGAAAGCUCCUGCUCCGUCACCCUUGGGACCGAGUCCACCUGCUCCUCCGACGGGAGCUCCGGGGCCGAGCCAGUCAGCUAUCUCUCCCGCACCAACUCAGAACGACAACAGUGGUGUUGAGAAGAUCUUGUCCAUUCAGAAGAUGGUUGGGAGCUCGGUCUUUGGUUUGGCUCUCCUCUGGUUGAUGCUUUAGAGCUACAUCUCAGAGUUCUCUCCUUUUUCUUUUUUCUUUUUUAAAUUUCUGUUUUAUCUCUUUUGCAUCUAUAUAUUUACUGGCCAUCAUGGUAGCGCUACCACCUGAUGAUGGAACUUGCUACUUGUAUUUGGGAUAUUAUACAUUCGGUUGAAUUCUUUUGGGAGAUUUUUGAGGGAGUUUUUAUGUACUUGAGACUAUUGAGGGAGUUGUUUUUGUAUUGGAUUGGUGGCUGGC